AUGGCCGAACUGCUCUCCCAGUCCCGCGAGGCCUCGGCACGCAUCCGCGUCGAGAACAUCAUCCACACAGACAUCACGGUCGAGCUGAUGGAAAUCCUGGAGCUGUACACAGAACUACUUCUGGCGCGAGCCGGCCUGCUGGACGUGCGCGACAAGAACAUCAAGGACGGCACGUUGAGUGCCGGUGCUGCGGACGAUUCGUCGACGGGCCUCGAGGAGGCCGCUGCCAGUAUCAUCUACGCGGCGCCGCGGCUGGCAAGAGACGUGCGCGAGUUGGCGAUCGUGCGGAAUAUGCUGAUCGAUCGCUUUGGCAAGGAGUUCUCCGUUCGUGCUAACGAUAACGUCGACAAUUGUGUGCCUGCGCGUGUUGUGGAUAAACUGAGGGUUGAUCCGCCCGGAGAAAGGUUGGUGCAGGCGUAUCUUGAGGAGAUCGCGAGAACAUACGGCGUGAAUUGGCCGCCGCAUCGCGAGGAGGUCGAUGAGCUGGGGAAGGAAGUGGACGGCGAGCAAGGUGACGACGACGACGACGGAAUGGGCGGAGGGUCAAAAGAAGCACCUAUCCCGGCGGACGGCGCGGCUCCUUCGACGCCGUCAAAGCCCAAUAAAAUCGAUAUUGGAUCGUUGCAGAAUGCCACGCCGCCGGCAGGCCUCGGUGCGAAGAGCCCUGUCUCGGUUGCCCCGCCCGGUGCGCGCUCAGACAACCCUAGCCCCAAGGUCAAACUACCCGGUGGAGGAGUGGUGGGCAAGAAUGAUAACAAGUCAAAACCGGUGGGUACGGUGGGAGCGGCGGCGGCAAAAGGGAAGGGCUCGGCAGCGUCAGGAGGUGGCGCUGUGCCUGGGAAGGUACCUACGGUGGAUGAUCUGGCGAAGAGAUUUGCUGCGCUGAAAUGA